AUGUUUUUGAACCAUCUCCAGAUGCUCUACCUGCCGUACACCGUCAUCGACAUUGGCUGGUGGUACCACAUCAGCUUGCCGCGCCACUCCUCGGGACGCAUCGACGCCAUUGCGAGUCCCUUCGACAACUGGGUCGCAGGAGACGGCACUGUUAUUUCUGGUAUGACGGAUCUCCGCGACAUUGGCAAAUACAUCGCGUGCAUCAUUGCCCACCCAAGGACCCUGAAUCACAAAGUCCUCGCGUACACCGAGCUCAAAUCUCAGAAUGAAGUAUACGAUCUGAUUGAGAAAUUGAGUGGAGAAAAGGUUCGGAGAAAACACUCCUCGGCUGACGAGAUUGAGGCUGAGAUGGUCAAGGCGAAAGACGACAAGGCCAACAUCCACAGGUUGUCGGUUUUACAAUAUCGGAAAUCAUGGGCCUCCGAGGACCUGGAUCCGGAUUUGACGGUAACUUCAUUCGAGGCUUUCUGCAACGAGGCUCUGGAGGGCAAAGUGGACUCCAUCUACGCGAAGCAGAAGCGGGAGGCCAUCGGGGCAGCUUGGAGGAAAUAG